AUGGUCCAGAGUGGUGAACUUGCAAAAUAUCCCCUGGCAAUCUUGGCCAAGGCAUUAGAAGUAUUCGGCAUCAGGCUCCUUGUGUCCUAUGAUAUUGGGUGUGUAUUCCAGGAAACUGCAGCACGAAGUUCACUGAGGCCGGAUUGGGUGCAGAGUGGCUUUCAGUGCUGUGUAAAUGCAUUCCAUGGGUACACUUACAACUAUACCUGCCAAACACAGAACCACCCAAAUGUCAUCAAGGGGAUGGGUCUCGAGGAUGGUGAGACCCUCGAACGGCUGUUCAGCGCAUCUAACAGCCUCGCAUCAGUCACUCGGUAUGUGUCACCCUACCAUCGGCAAGUCCUCAUCGACCUCUUUUUCCAGCAAUGGGAUGAUGAGAAGUACAGGAAUCUAAGCCUUAUGUUGUACAACAACUGUGUACAGGCACUCAAGAUUAUUAACAAGGAUUCGGUCACACUGGCUGACACCAUGCAAGCUCUCGGGGUCAGCCAUGAAGAUCUUGACAAAUGGUCUUCAGAAGAGCGGCACUAUUUCGAAACGCUGGGUCAAGAACACCCGUGGGAUGUGCACGCCAUUGCGUAUGUCGAGAAGCUUUAA